AACUUGGCUUGAUGAAGCAAUCUGUUAAAGACAAAAAUGUGUUUCAAGCCAUAUUGUUGGGCAGCAGAUAAGAACAUUAUUCAAAGGCAGGGAUUUUCGAAACACACUGACCAAUGUCGAUAAAAACUCCUGGGUUUCAUUUAAAGAAAUAAUUGAUAAGUUUCUUGGGCACUCUAAAGACGAAAUCUACGAAAGUAUUGUUCAAAAUAUGUUACAACACUUCCAUCGUCUAGUUGUAAUAUUAGUUUAAAAGUGUAUUUCCUGUUUUCACGCCUGGAUGUUAAAACGAGAUAUGCCCUUAGAAACACACAGCCGAAUUUUCGGGCAACGCAGCUUUCUGGCAAAAAGACGAAGAUUUCACUCAAAAUAAUAAUAAAAAAAAUAAAUAAGUUUUUUAAAAUCAGCCUACCAAAAUUAUACAAAAUCAGUUUUCAUAAUAAAAACAUCUAUCAAAAAGUCUAAUUUUGCAGCGUUCUACAAAAUUUAGCAAUCGGCUCGCUUGUCGCGAGUUCAAUAGGAGUACCGUCAAACGCGCGGCGUGUAUGGACCACUUUAGACGCGCACAGGUGGAUGAAUAGAGUGACCGUGGUGGGGCGAAUAUUUCGAAAUAAUAUAAAUAUUCCCGAAGGCACUUCCUGCGACUCAAAAGUCACUAUCACCUUUGCGAAAGAAACAAAAGAAUUGUGCGGACGCGGUGAAUAAUUUAUAACUAGCAACAUGAGCGUCGGUUUGACAAUUUCAGGGUUGCUGUUCGUUUUUUGCGUUGGAAACGGGCAUCCGUCCGGUUACGGGUAUUAUCCGAAACGGGCGGUGAUGUUUGGAGGAUAUUAUUCCAACCCUAUGCCGGCUUACGAGUACGUGCCCCAAGGACAAAUGACUGCAAUGGUGGCAGGCGAUACUGUGGCGACGAACUCGUUCUCUGGACAGCCCUGGUCUACUCCGGGCAAACCACUGCACGUUGCAGCAGAAGAAGAGGCUGCAGGCUCCCCGUUCAACCAACCGAUCGAGCAGAUCACGGAGAAAGCCCCCAAACCUUCGCUGGUAGACGAAUCCCUGAACGAAGCUGACGUAGAAUACGAACCAGACGAGCAAGAAAGUAGUUCAUCUGAAGAACCGGUGACAGACGCCGCCCUAAUAGUUACUACCAAAUCCACCAAGACUCUACCAUCGAAAAAGCCGACCCAGCAAAGGAGACCGAAAAAGCCUGUCAAGCAAGAGGAAGACGAAGGUGAUGAUGAUGAUGGUCUAAGCUCGGGUUGGCCUUUUGGUUCCAGACGCGGGGGUAUUCCGGCAUAUAACGCUUUCUUCCCAAUCUUCAUUGGAGGCGGUUCCUCCCGUUCUAGAACCAGAUCCGGCGAUCUCGAGGACGGCGGUUACUACCCUGGUUCGGCGACGGCAAUCGCCAAUAGUUUUUCCACCGGGAAAGGCGGUGUUGCGACAUCUCACGCAACCUCCUUCGGCGACCCUUACGCUGCCGCCGUGAUGAGGAAUUCUGGGUUGUUUAAUUUUAGAACGAAAGGCAAGAAUUCACCGGCGCAACAGCAGGACUAGGCUUACGGGAAGGGUGGAGUAGCAGAGUAAAGCGGCGUUGCCAACUUGUCGCGUUUUUCUUAGGUUAUAGUUUAUAUCGUAAUCUUAUGUUUCGACGCACCAGCUCAAUAAAAUUGCAAAUUGUAAAUUGCCAAGUAUUAUAGAAUGUACAAAUAAGUGUAACCGUAUUUAAAAAAUAGA